AUGUCACAGUCCAACGAGUCAACAAUAGCAACGAGUUAUUCCGUCAGCCCAGUGGGCCCCUACCCCUAUAGCGGACUACAAACUCUUGGUCUCUUCCUCCUAGGAUUCUUCCCGCUUCUUUCGAUCACGGCGUGUGUUUUACGAGUAUGGAGUCGGCGUCUCUGUCAGGGUUUGGGACUUGACGACUAUUUGAUAUUUGUUGCCACCGGUGUUUUUGCAGCCCUCUACAUGCGAGCCGGCUAUUGGGGCAUUCACGACAUCGACAUCCCCCCUCAUCCUGCCAAUCAGGGUCUGUUCUUUGCUUAUCUCAACCGCGUUUUUUACAGCCCUCUGCUUGCUUUGGUCAAGAUAUCCGCGUUGCUGUUUCUCCUCAGGCUGGGCGGGACCAAACACUUCGUGCACAUCUCAUGUCGAGCUCUGAUCCUGUUCAACAUCCUACAGGUGUGCGCCUUCCUCCCAGCGACGAUCUUCAACUGCACCCCUGUGGAAUAUGUGUGGACGAAGCCGACUGGGUCAGGAAAGUGCUUCAACUCGGGCCUAUUUGCAGUAGCGCUAGCCUCAACAAACAUCGUCACCGAUAUCUUGACGCUCCUGGUUCCGUUCGUUGCCUUCAAGGACCUGAGGCUCGGAUGGAGGAUACGUGCGGCACUCCUCACCGUCUUUGCUUUGGGAGCCGCUGUCACAUGCAUCAGCAUCGUGCGUCUCUACUCUGUCAUUCGCGUCUGGUAUCUUAGACCGGCCGAUGGCCAUUACACGAUUGGCUACACGACCAAUACCAUCGAGGUGAACCUGGCAAUUGUUACAGCAACAAUACCAGCGCUGUGGCCGCUCGCGCGUGUGUGGUUCCCGGAUGUGUUCGAGUCGAUGGGGAUCAAUCGGCCCUAUCUCUAUCCGGACAUUGAGGUUCAGGUCCGUGCCAGCGUGGGCCAGCAAAUAACAUCGCCUGCUCUCCGUGCGAAAACAUUGUGGCUUCCACGACGGCCGCACACGCCCAGCUACAUCAGGGGAUCUGCUUCUCCACCUACCGUCCCGGGGGACCGGGAAGGAAACACAAGACACAGGGGACUCGCGGACUGGCAGAGACAGAAUGCGGCAGUGGUGGAACGAGAUGAGGAGGACGACUAUCACGGCAUUAUCCGAUGGACAAACACAAGCGCUGAACCGCUUGCCGAGCAGGACGACGAGGAUUUCCUGAUCAUUCAAAAGACAGAACCGAGCAGAUGA